CUCUGCGGAACCCCUCAACGUCAUCUCUCCUCAGAUAAUUCUUCCUCUACACAGCUUCCCACUCCUCAAUCCAUCCCAAUCCAUUAUACCAAAUUCAAAAUGACCACAAUACCAACCCGCCAAACCGCCGCCUGCAUCGACACUCCGGGCCCGGGCGCCCAACUUGUCCUCCGAGAUGACAUUCCGGUUCCUUCGCCCACAGCAGGAGAAGUCUUGAUACAGUUGGAGUUUACUGGUUUUUGCCACUCGGACCUCCACAACAUCAACGGCGAUCUACAUAUGACGACUAAUGUCCCGGGUCAUGAGGGGGUGGGGAGGGUUGUGAGAGUCGGUCCCGACGUGGAAGACAACAUGCUGGGGAGGAGAGUAGGCGUUAAAUGGCUCCAGAAAAGCUGCAUGAAGUGUCCGACAUGCAAAGUACAAUAUACGAAUUGUUUGAGACAGGAUAAUUCAGGUCGGAAUGUUCCGGGAACGUUUCAGCAAUAUUUCGUCUCGCCAGCGGACUUCGUCUCGUUGAUACCAGAGGAUUUGGACCCGGCGGGGGUUGCCCCGUUGCUUUGCGCCGGCCUAACGAUGUACGGGGCGCUGAGCAAGUUGGACAAGUUUUGCGAAAAGGGUGAUUGGGUGGUUAUUAUGGGUGCUGGGGGUGGGUUAGGACAUUUAGGCAUUCAAAUCGGUAAAGAGAUGGGAUAUAGGAUGAUUGGAGUAGAUAGCGCAGCCAAAAAAGACAUAUGUCUCAACUCCGGCGCAACCGCGUUCUUCGACUUCAAAGACGAGAAUUUAAUCACCCACAUCCAAAACACCACCGAGAACAUCGGCGCACACGCCGUCCUCGUCGUCGUCGGAUCCGAAACCGCCUACGAGCAAAGCGUCCAACUCCUCCGUCCUCUAGGCACACUUAUCUGCGUCGGGUUCCCCCGGCCGGGCUUCCACAUUCCCAUGACGCCUCAAUUCUGCGUGGACCGUGGGCUACGAGUCCUCGGCAGUGUGGUCGGGACGGAGACCGAAAUGCAGGCUUUAUUGCAGCUGGCGAGGGAGGGGAAGGUAUCGACCCACUACGAGGUAUUUGAUUUGGUGGACAUCAAUUUGGUGGCGGAGCGGAUGAGAGGUUAUGCGGUGGAGGGUCGGGCCGUGUUGCGGAUUCCGUCGGGGAUACUUUAGUGUGUGCGUUGAUUAGGGGGUGUUAUUGGUGGAUGGUGUAUAGUUAGUGGAUUUGGUUUAUAUUUCACAGGAUUUUGUACUUGGGAAUAGCUAUGGCUAGGCAACCACCACUGUCCUGCAGAAAGAC